AUGCAUCUAGAAGAUCACGCCGCCGCAGAGGAGACAGAGAAAAGCACCGCUCAACUCGCGAAAGUAGCAGAGACCGCGAUCACCGCCGCCGUCGCAGCAGAUCCCGUGGCGACAAGGACCAUCGCACCAAUGGCGACGACCAAUCCCGCACCAAGAGCCGUCGGGACCGCGACCGUGAGAGAGAAAAGGAACGCUCUGAUCGCGACAGAAGCGACCGUGAUCGUAAACGCUCUCGUAGAGAUCGCUCGCCCUCAGCCAAUGGAACCAACGACCAUUACUCGUCUUCCCGCCGCUCACGUCGCGACGACCCAGCAUCCACAACUGACGACCAAGGAUUCAAGAUCAAGGGCUCUCGCACUGGCAGCAAACCUUUCGCUCCUCCCACCGGUCCCCGUAAAGACCGCAACGACGACAAGAACACCAGACGCCCUAGCAUGCAAUCCGUCGUCGUGCCCCAAGACACUGCCACUUCGUCUGCAGACCCCUACGCCCAGGAACGUGAAGCACGUAUCAAAGAGCGCAUGGCCAAAGAACAGCAACGCCGCGAAAGUGCCACUAUGGGAAAAAGAGGUAGAGGCGAUGAAGCAGGAAGACGGGGAUCCAUUGAGGCGCCGACGGGGCCGAAGGGAGGAAGAAAAGGAAGAAAAGGUUAGUUAUAGAUAUGAAGAUGAAGAGGGCGAGGAAGCCAGAGCUGAAAGAGUUGAGAGGGAGAGAGAGGCUGGAAGAUGGGGUUGA